CCUUACGCUGUAGCAAUGACGUCCUACGCCCUGGCCAAUGCUGACAAACUCAAUAAAGACAUCUUGAUGAAACAUUCCUCAGAAGGAGAAGCCGGUAGGUUUUGGACUGUCGCUGGACGGCCUUAUCACUCACUAGAGGCGACGGCCUAUGCUGUGCUGGCGCUUGUGAAGGCCAAAGACUUCGAUAAAGCAGGAGAGGCAGUGCGCUGGCUGGGCAGACAACAGUCUCAUUAUGGUGGUUCUGGCACCACACAGGCGACCAUCAUGGUGUUCCAGGCUGUGGCUGAAUAUCACACAGAGAUGAAGAAGAAGAACCAACAAAACUUCACUCUGGACGUGGAGCUGUCAGUGGCAGGAAGAAGACCUGUCAGAUGGACUUUCACAAGAGACAAUGUGCAUGUUGCACGAUCAGACAAGGUGGACAUAAACAAGGACUUCAAUGUGACGGCUAGAGGAACUGGAACAGCCACUCUCUCUGUUUUGACGCUGUACUACGCCAGACCUGUUGAGAAGAAGUCUGACUGUACAUUCUUUGAUCUGACUGUUAAAAUGGAAAAAGACUCUGAACCAAAACAGAAAGGAGCCCUUGAAACUUACAAGCUCACUAUGGAUUUCUUCUACAAAAGAGAUGAAACCGAUGCCACCAUGACUAUUCUGGAUAUUGGCAUACCGACGGGAUUUAGGGUGGAAAGCAAAGAUCUUGAAGAGUUGUCCACAGGGAAGGAGAGAUACAUUCAGAAAUUUGAGAUGGACAAAGUGCUGUCAGAGCGAGGAUCCCUCAUCCUCUACUUAGAAAAGGUUUUGCGUAAAGAAUCACAAAGAAUUGCCUUCAGAAUGCACAAGAUUCUUAAUGUGGGUCUGCUUCAACCUGCUGCAGUCACAAUAUAUGAAUAUUACUCACCCAAUGCACGCUGUACAAAGUACUUCCACCCUGAACGGAAAGACGCUGCUAUAUACAGACUAUGUAAGGGAGACCUGUGCCAGUGUGCAGAAGAAAACUGCAGUUUCCAGAAGAAAAACGGUGUUGAAGAUGAUGAGCGUUUGGUUAAAGCCUGUGAAGCUGGCAUGGAUUAUGUUUAUAAAGUCACAGUGGUGGGGAUGGAUCUGGCACAGGACUCUGACAUCUAUCACUUGAAGGUGGACCAGGUGCUGAAAGAAGGCACUGAUGAGGAUGUUGAGGGGAGAGUCAGAUCAUUUUUGGCUCGUCCCAGUUGCAGGGAAGAUUUGGAUUUGUUAGAAGGCAAGUCGUACCUCAUUAUGGGCAAAUCCUCUGACCUGCCAAAGCUAGGAGGAAGUCUGCAGUACAUCUUUGGAGAGCAGACCUGGGUUGAAUACUGGCCCACAAGAGAGGAAAGCCAAAAUAAACAAUACAGGGAUCAAUACAUCGGCAUCUCUGAACUCGAGAAUAGCCUCCUCAAAGAAGGAUGUGCUACAUAAUUA